GCCACCACCACCACCACCACCACCACCACCACCGCCACCUCUGCGCUAACACCGAGCCCAGCCCGCUGUACGCCGCACCAUGCCGAAAAAUAAAGGUAAGGGAGGUAAAAACAGAAGGCGUGGUAAGAACGAAAACGAGUCUGAAAAGAGAGAACUGGUAUUUAAAGAAGAUGGACAAGAAUAUGCACAAGUGAUCAAGAUGUUGGGAAAUGGUAGGCUGGAAGCAAUGUGCUUUGAUGGAGUCAAGAGGUUAUGUCACAUUAGAGGGAAACUCAGAAAAAAGGUCUGGAUCAACACAUCUGACAUUAUAUUGGUGGGCCUCCGAGAUUAUCAAGAUAACAAAGCAGAUGUAAUUCUAAAAUACAAUGCAGACGAAGCCAGGAGUCUUAAAGCAUACGGAGAACUUCCAGAGCAUGCUAAAAUCAACGAAACUGAUACAUUUGGCCCUGGAGAUGAUGAUGAGAUCCAGUUUGAUGACAUUGGUGAUGAUGAUGAAGAUAUUGAUGACAUCUAAACACUGAAGCUCAAUUCCAUACUAAUUUGCAAGGAUCGUUCUAUUUUUUAUUUGAAUUUUGAGUGACGCCUUCCCACUGAGAGAAUACCUCUUCUGCCCAAUAAAGAUUUUUUUCACUUUUAACCUAUUUAUAUUCUUUCAGUAGAGGUUGAUAAUGCUGGAUAUUUUGGAUCAUCUGAACAUUUAUAUGAAUAAAAGUUAUUUUUGCAAUGUGGAGUUCCUGUAGGAAGCUCUGCCCUCAAUCAAAAGUAAUGCUGCUUUCCUCCUGUAUUACUGCAUUCAUUUCUACCCCUACUGCACACGACUGGCUUCAAGUAUGUAAUUGUCAUGGUUGGUUAUCAGUUGAGCAAUAUUGACAAAAGAAAUCUACUGCAUGUUCUUGAAUAAAGACAAAGCGGUUUUAUAUUUUGGUCAGUGUUUAAAAUUUAACUGCACAUCUGCAUUUCUUGUCCUCUUUGUAAUGUGACUAAUUGUACAACAGUCACAAUGCAUCCUGUUUUUAACAGUGCUUUGGAGUUAGAAGCAUGUUUGGGUUGUUGGAGUCGGUAAACCUGUUCUGACAGACUAAGUGUACUGUAUAUUGCGGCGUAAAAGUCCACCCCAGAAAUUAGGUGUAUUAUAGAUCUAUGCCAAUUUUCCACUUUUGCGGUUAGGCUUGCAGACUUGUAUUCUUACAAUUUUAGCUUGGACUUGGCAGCAAAAGCUAACAAAUAGUCCUGUUUAUUGUAAUUAUUUUACUGAUUGUUUGCUGUUUGGAUAUUCUACAAUCAUUAAGAUAGAGUUUAAACCUAAACAAAACCGUGUAAAUUUACUAGUUUUAUUUUUGCAGAUAGAUGGCACAUGUGUGUCUCGCCAGCCAGUCAGCUGUGUUUACAUAUGAAUGAAAUUACCGCUUGCGGUAAUAUAAUUUUGCUACGUCUUGUGAAAUUUGAGUAGAAGAGUAAAAACAACUAAGUGUAAUCCGUUGAGUGAUAACAAUGGUAGCAAGGACACCAGAAAUUCUAUUUCUUUAGAAAAGAAUUUGGAAAUGAUAAACGCAUUGGGCCAUGGCCAUAUUUUUGUAUCAGCAGUUACCAUCAACUUUAUGUUCAGUGUAUUAGUUGACAAGUCUUUGUGAGACUUUUUUUUUAAACGCAUUAAAUGUCGACUUAUAUGCCGGCAUUUAGGAUGUAUUGUAAUACGGUAAUUUAAUCAUUCUGUAUAUAAUAUAAGGAGUCAGAGGAUUUGUACCAACUCUACCAACCCUGGUUUUGGAUAUGUAACUUAAUUUUCAAGUGAGCCUAUUACACUGUACAGUGACUACACAGGUUGAAAUCUAGUUGCGAUCUAAAGACUUAAUAUUCCUUUUAUUGAAAUGUUCUUUAUUUUCAUUAAAAGACAACAUUGUAGUUUGUCAGAAUGCAUAAUUUAUCUUUUUGCAAAAAAUGUAUACAUAUUUUUACUAUACAGGAAGUGCUUUUCAUUGCACUGGAGGGGAGGGGGAAGUAUAAACAAAUAUGUACCUACAAAGACUAGAUUUAAUACAUUUUACAGUAGAGUACUUCUGGUGGUUAAUGGUUGCAUUCGUUUUUCAUUACAUAAACGCAGGUUUCCAUGUGCAAAACAUGGUUCAUUAUCAAUGGCAAAUGUUAGUAAAUUCCAAUAAUGCUAACCUCUCACCAAGUGAAUUCUUGUCCCGUAAUAGAAUCGUCAAAUUUAUCUUUAAUUGGCUCACAACAUUUUGUUAAUCUUUACAGGUGCAUUGGGUGCUUACAGUAAUUUAGUACAUAACCUGUAAGUAUUAUAAUUUACAUUGGUGCCAGUGUGCGCAUACGUAGUCUUUGCUGAAUUAAACUCUAUAUCCGGUGUAGCCAGCCUUUGGCACUCUUGGUGUUGUGAACUAGAUCUCCCUUGAUGCUUUGUCAACAUUUGGAGUGCCAAAGGUUGCCGGCCCCAUGCUCUGUUAAGCUUAUCUGUCCUCUAGAUACAAUUUAUUGAAGUGGGGGGAUAAGAAAACCUGAGACUUAUGUUUUAGUAACAUGCCACCGUUUAAUUAUUUAUGAAUGUACAGGGGAAGCUAUUCAUUUUAA